CCGGGGGGGGGGGGGGCACCCCAAUUAAAUCAAGUUGACCCUUCUUUCGAGUUGCCUCAAACGGGCGCCUCUGUUCAGUGAACCCCCUGAGGUGGUGUGUGGCGUUUUGCACAGGCCCCCUGUCCCCUGGAGACGAGGACCUGAACUUUUCCCCCCUCAUGCUCCGGGGGACCUGUCCCCGAGGCAGGUUGAGGGAACGGGCAGCUCUGCCCAGGCUGUUUUUCCACGCAGCUCCAAGCAAGCCCAGAGUUGAGACUGUGGAAGCCGCUGGGGCCCGGUGCUGUUUACAAACACGGAUCUGAGGGCCAGGCGGGGUAGGUGGAAGCCAUGGCAGGAAGUGAUCUGCAAAGCGCUCGGGGCGUCUUCCUGAGCGUGUGUGCCCCUGUCACGCUGUCCCCCCCCCCCCCCCCCAGUGUCAAGGGCGGGCUUCGUGGUGGUGGCAGCUGCCGAGAAAUCCGAGUCGUGAGCAUAUGGCAGCUUGAGGGAUGUGCCCCAGGAUGCUCGUGCGGCAGCUCGGGAUGUCCAACCUGGCGAAAGGGCCAGGCCUCGGCGGGGGCGGGGCGCUCCCAGGGGCGGGAUCGGGUUAGAAGAUGCCUUGUGAUCAGACUCGGCUCGCCGAGCCCACCUGCCUUUAGCUCCGUGGCGGGCAGUCAGCUUCCACAUGACAUCGCCUCUCCCCUCCAAGGCCUUGGGCCUCUUCCAGAAGAAACAUCUUGCCUGCAAGCCUAUUUUCUCUGCUCAAGAACAUGGUGAUGAGUUUCCGAGUCUCCGAUCUUCAGAUGCUUCUGGGUUUCGUCGGCCGGAGUAAGAGUGGACUUAAACACGAACUUGUCACCCGGGCCCUCCAGCUGGUCCAGUUUGACUGUAGCCCUGAGCUGUUCAAGAAGAUCAAAGAGCUGUAUGAGACACGCUACGCCAAGAAGAGCUCGGAGCCUGUCCCCCAACCCCACCGGCCCCUGGACCCCCUGACCAUGCACUCAACCUACGACCGGGCUGGCACGGUGCCCAGGACUCCCCUCUCGGGCCCCAACAUUGACUACCCCGUGCUCUAUGGGAAGUACUUGAACGGACUUGGACGCUUGCCCGCCAAGACCCUCAAGCCAGAAGUGCGUCUGGUGAAACUGCCCUUCUUUAACAUGCUCGAUGAGUUGCUGAAGCCCACAGAGCUGGUCCCACAGAAUAAUGAGAAGCUUCAGGAGAGCCCGUGCAUCUUUGCGCUGACGCCAAGGCAAGUGGAGCUGAUCCGGAACUCCAGAGAGCUGCAGCCCGGGAUCAAGGCCGUGCAGGUGGUCCUCAGAAUUUGCUACUCGGACACCAGCGGCCCCCAGGAGGACCAGUACCCACCCAACAUCGCCGUGAAGGUCAACCACAGCUACUGCUCCGUCCCGGGCUACUACCCCUCGAAUAAGCCUGGAGUGGAGCCCAAGAGGCCGUGUCGUCCCAUCAACCUCACCCACCUCAUGUACCUUUCUUCGGCCACCAACCGCAUCACCGUCACCUGGGGGAACUAUGGCAAGAGCUACUCCGUGGCCUUGUACUUGGUGCGACAGCUGACCUCUUCGGAGCUGCUGCAGAGGUUGAAAACCAUCGGGGUGAAGCAUCCAGAGCUGUGCAAGGCGCUGGUCAAAGAGAAGCUGCGCCUGGACCCUGACAGCGAGAUCGCCACCACGGGCGUGCGGGUCUCCCUCAUCUGCCCGCUGGUGAAGAUGCGGCUGUCCGUGCCCUGCCGGGCGGAGACCUGCGCCCACCUACAGUGCUUCGACGCCGUCUUCUACCUCCAGAUGAACGAGAAGAAGCCCACCUGGAUGUGCCCCGUGUGCGACAAGCCGGCCCCCUACGACCAGCUCAUCAUCGACGGGCUCCUGUCCAAGAUCCUGAGCGAGUGUGAGGAUGCCGACGAGAUCGAGUACCUGGAGGACGGCUCGUGGUGCCCGAUCCGCGCCGAGAAGGAGCGCAGCUGCAGCCCUCAGUGCCCCAUCCUGGUGCUCGGCACCUCGGACGCCAACGGGCUCCUGUCCACCCCUAACCUCAACGGUGGCGGUGCAGGAGGCGCCGCGGGUGGGGGCGCCGCGGGCGGGGGCGGCGCGGCGGGCGGCGUGGAGAAUGGGAAGCCGGGAGCUGACGUGGUGGACCUCACGCUGGACAGCUCGUCCUCGUCGGAGGAGGAGGAGGAGGAGGACGAGGACGAGGACGAGGACGAGGAGGGUCCCCGGCCCAAGCGCCGCUGUCCCUUCCAGAAGGGCCUGGUGUCGGCCUGCUGACUGCUCACCGCCACCGCUGGCCGGACACUCGACUUUCCUGGUGCUCACCCACGCGGAUGGGGCGCAGGCGGGCCUCGGGGUGCAGAGGGAGGAGUGAUUUUUUUUUUUUCUUUUUACUGUUCAUUUUGUUUUUCCACCCCUUUCCCUGGCUCCUGGCACCUGUACCUCUGGACUCUCCUAUCGGAGGAUUAAAAAAAAGUAAAAUGACAAAAAAAGUACAAAAAAAAAAAAAAAAAGGAAAAAGGAAACAAAAAAAAAAAAUCAAACUUUUAAAAACGAGGCAAGCCACCCACACAGCUGCUUCCCCGGCUGGAGCCUGAGCCCCGGAGCCCAAGCCGGCCCUGGGACGCCCCGCCUCGCCUCUUCCAGUGACCAUUCCAGCUGGUGCAGGGGGACGGGGCGCAUGGGGUGGGAGGGGGGCAGCGGGGGACACUGACGGGCACGUGCCCCUCCCCCUGGCAGCAGCCGCCACUUUGACAUUCGUCUGUUCCUUUGCUUUUUUUCUCUGCAAACACGUUCUCUCGCCCAGAGACCCUGGAGCGCACCGCCGAGCAGGGAGCAUUUUAGCCAAGAAGCCAUGGAGUGGGUUGGGGCAGGGAGGGGGGCGGGGGGAGCAGGGGCCGGGGUGGGGGGCGUGUGGGGGGGGCCGGGGAGGGUUUAGCCACAGAUGUGUUGUAUUUUUUGAAAGUGCAAUAACUUGGUAUUUUGAAGACCCAGCAUGUGGCCAGGACCCCCUGUGGAAGGCGGGGGCCCCAGGGUGCGGCGGCGCGUGGCGUGGGGGGGUCUCCGUUUUCUAGCCAGCUACCUCGGUAACUCCAAUUCAGGUUAACUUCCCUACGGAGCAGCGCAGACGUCCGCAGAUGCCGCCACCCGGCCCCUCCUCGGCGGGGGCGGGGCGGGCGGCCACUCCCCCAGGGGCAGCAGGGACACCCCCCCCCCCCAGCCCCACCUUCUCUACUUGGGGUGGCUCCUCCCCCCUUUUCUUGCUCUUGGGUUUUCCGACGGGUAGAGGCCCGCCCCGCACCCCCUCCCCUGGGAGCCUCACUCUCGUCUUCCAACAGGGCCGGGCCGAUGGGCCUCCCUUCAGCUGCUCACCCAGCACCCCCCCCCCCCCCGCCCCGGGGAGGCCAGGCCUCGGGGUGGGGGUGGGGUCCGGCCAUCGCGGGGAGCCGGCAGCUGGGCGCCCGGCCCCGCCACCCGGCGUCCUCGUCCCCUGGAGGCCACGCUUGGUUCUCCCACCGCCUCUGCCCCGUUCUGUCUCGCUUCUUUUCUUCUUUGCUGCCCACCCCCUGCCCCAGAAUAAUUUCCUUUGUAUAAACAGAACUCUUGUAGUCAGGAAGCAAUAUCAUUUCAGGUCUAAAGAAGAAAGGGACAUCAAUCUGGCCGAGGGCAAAUUCAGUUUUACUGUAUAAACUCGGCUGUGCAGUGCGGCCCCUCCGUCUGCACGGGCCGCUGAGGGCCACCGUUUUCUAAUAUUUGUAUUCUAAUUUAAUUGUUUUUAAAAAACACAAAUAAAAAAGGUCAAGGUGAA